AUGCACCCAGAUCUGUACGCUUCCUCUCCUAUUGCUGGAUUCCCUCAGCUUUGUGAAGCGUCUGCCAUAUGCGCAUUGAAGGCGUUGCAUGCAAUUGCAGUCAGCAUAAAGCAAAAUCCCACAUCCCCGAAACCAAUCAUCAGACAACAGUUGUUCGUGGAGCGUUACUCUGACCUUCAUGGUCACCUCUUCCACCUCGCCAGCUGGACAGACGACUUUCCUUACCUCUUCUAUGAUAAUGAGAAAAGAGCAGCGGGGAUUGGUGUGGCGAUGCUGCAGGAAACCUCCCUACGUCUCAACUUCACCUACAGUCUCCAGGAGGUCCCUCCAGACGGGCACUGGGCCGAGCUGAUCAACGGUAUGUGGACGGGGCUGCUGGGCCAGGUGGUGCGUGGGCAGAAGGACUUUAUCAUCAACGGCAUGGCCGUCGUCCGUGACCGCUACCAGGCGGCCGACUUCACUGUUCCCUAUUUCAGUGACUCUUAUAGUAUCACAUUAAAGGUGCCCCCACCAGCGCCCCGUUGGCAAUCGCUAGUAUACCCCUUCAGCAGGUGGGUUUGGAUGGGGAUGGGCUGUACCCUACUCCUGCUCUCCCUGGUCUUCCACCUUCUCGUCCGCCCAGACUCCUCCCUCAUAUACAACAACGAGGCUGAUGUGGUGUCGACGCUGGUGUGGUUAUCAAGGACGUUGCUUCGACAGCCUUCACUACGAGUUCCAAAGGUGGCUGGGUGCCGGCCUUUCCUGGUGUGCUGGGGGCUGGCAGCGCUCGUCCUCUCCACCUGCUACAACGGCAACUUGGUCGCCUUUCUAACAGUGCCCAAGCAGGCCCACAGGAUCAACUCUCUUGAGGAGCUCGCCGUCUCUCACACCAAGUGA